CCAUUAGAGCCUUCGAGGGGUCAGAAUCCACACCUCUGCAAAUGGGCCCGCUUUCCCAGGGCCCCCCUGCCCAGACCUUCCCUGGGCUCUGUGGGUUUUGACACCUCUCUGCAACCUGGCAGGGGACCACCUCACACCUUUAGUCCAGAUAAAAGCUAGGACCUGGAGGUGACCGGUCCAGCUUCCCAGAGUCACACCAGCCAUGGCCCAGUCGCCUCCUCCUCAGAGCCUCCAGGGUCUUGACCACUGGGUCUUCUCCCAGGGCUGGGGCUGGGCUCAGCAAUCGGACUCUACGUCUCCGGCCUCGUCCUCAGAUUCGUCCGGUUCCUGCCCUUGCUACGUCACCCGUCGGUCCUCGGAGCCCGCGGGCGCGGCCCGCAGCGCGCGCACUACCCAGGCCGUCCCGACGGCGCCCCGACGAGCGCGCCCCGCACCGGCAGGCGGACAGCGGCAGAGCGCCAGCGAGCGCGAGAAGCUGCGCAUGCGCACACUCGCCCGCGCACUGCAAGAACUGCGCCGCUUCUUGCCGCCGUCGGUGGCACCUGCAGGCCAGAGCCUGACCAAGAUCGAGACGCUGCGCCUGGCCAUCCGCUACAUCGGCCACCUGUCGGCCCUGCUGGGCCUCAGCGAGGACAGUUUGCGGCGCAGGCGCCGACGGAGUGCGGACGCCGCGUUCUCUCACCGAUGCCCUCAGUGCCCCGACGGUAGCAGCCCCUCACAGGCUCAGAUGCUUGGUCCUGGCCUGGGAUCAGCCAUGAGUAGUGGGGUAUCUUGGGGUUGCCCGCCUGCUUGUCCUGGACCUCUGAUUUCACCUGAAAACCUUGGGAGCAGGAUCUCCAACGUGGAUCCCUGGGUGACACCUCCUUAUUGUCCCCAAAUACAGUCACCCUUACACCAGUCCCUAGAAAGAGCGGUUAAUACCUCCCACUGGGCACCACCCCAAGCAUGUCCUGGCAUGCAGAUGUCCCCAGAGCCUAGGAACAAGACUGGACACUGGACCCAAUCCACUGAACCUGCAGAGCUGACUAAAGUGUAUCAGAGUCUUUCUGUGUCUCCAGAACCCUGCCUGUCCCUGGGAAGCCCACUUCUCCUGCCCCGCCCAUCAUGCCAGAGACUACAGCCUCAGCCUCAGUGGAGCUGCUGGGGCCACGAUGCAGAGGUGCUCUCCACCUCUGAGGAUCAGGGUUCCAGCCCUGCCCUCCAGCUUCCUAUGGCCAGCCCCACCCCCAGCUCAGGCCUGCAGCUCAGUGGCUGUCCUGAACUUUGGCAGGAAGACCUGGAAGGACCCCCACUGAAUAUUUUCUACUAAUAUGGCCUUACCUGCACCCUGCGGUGUGGAUUUGGGCUGCCUUGGAAGUGCCUUUAUCUGCUCUUCUGUGACAUUUUGAGGUCUGCUUAGCUAUGGCCCCCCCUUUCCCAGAUGACCCCUUUCAUGGAAACAGUGUCUGGGGCAGACAAACAUUGGGUACCUCCACUGUUUUGAGAGGGCUGAGACAAGACACCCCCCGCCUCUAGGUAUCUUCUAGAGCAGUGGUUCUCAACCUUGCUAAGGCUGUGACCCUUUAAUACAUACAGUUCCUCAUGGUGUGGUAACCCCCCAACCAUAAAAUUAUCUUAUUGCUACUUCAUAACUAUAAGUUUGCUACUGUUAUAAAUCAUAAUGUAAAUCUCUGUGUUUUCUGGUGGUUUUAGGUGACCCCUGUGAAAGGGUCGCUCCAUACCCCACCCCCCCAGGGGUCAUAACCUACAGGUUGAGAACUACUAUUCGAAAGGCUCAGCACUCUGCAGAGCACAGGCUGAGCUGCUCUGAGUACGGGGUGGCCUGAGUGUGGAGGACAAAGGAGGUCCAUGUCCUGCUUGCUGGAGACAGCUGGCCAGAAUCGUAUAUGCUGGUUUUUAUAACUGUUUUAUUAUUAAAGAGAAGAAAACC